GCGGCAAAUGGGCUUGGGCGGCUCCUUGGCGGGUGGCGGCGGUGGCCGUAGCGGUUCCUCCUGGCCCUGUUAAUGUCGGGGCCAGGCCCGGGGAGGAUGGCGCCCUAGAGCCCAGCCUUUCCUGGGGGUAGGGGCGGGAGGGGACGGGUGGGGACCGGCCAUGUCGGAGGUGACCCGAAGUCUGCUGCAGCGCUGGGGCGCCAGUUUUAGGAGAGGCGCCGACUUCGACUCUUGGGGCCAGCUGGUGGAGGCGAUAGACGAGUAUCAGAUAUUAGCAAGACACCUACAAAAAGAGGCCCAAGCUCAACACAAUAAUUCUGAAUUCACAGAAGAACAAAAGAAAACCAUAGGCAAAAUUGCAACAUGCUUGGAAUUACGAAGUGCAGCUUUACAGUCCACACAGUCCCAGGAAGAAUUUAAACUGGAAGAUCUGAAGAAGCUAGAACCAAUCCUAAAGAAUAUUCUUACAUAUAAUAAAGAAUUCCCAUUUGAUGUUCAGCCUGUCCCUUUAAGAAGAAUUUUAGCACCUGGUGAAGAAGAGAAUUUGGAAUUUGAAGAAGAUGAAGAAGAGGGUGGUGCUGGAGCAGGAUCUCCUGAUUCCUUUCCUGCCAGAGUUCCCGGUACUUUAUUACCAAGGUUGCCAUCAGAACCAGGAAUGACCUUACUCACUAUCAGGAUUGAGAAAAUUGGCCUGAAAGAUGCCGGGCAAUGCAUUGAUCCCUAUAUCACAGUUAGUGUAAAAGAUCUGAAUGGCAUAGAUUUAACUCCUGUGCAAGAUACUCCUGUGGCUUCAAGAAAAGAAGAUACGUAUGUUCAUUUUAAUGUGGACAUUGAGCUCCAGAAGCAUGUUGAAAAGUUAACCAAAGGUGCAGCUAUUUUUUUUGAAUUCAAACACUACAAGCCUAAAAAAAGGUUUACCAGCACCAAGUGUUUUGCUUUCAUGGAGAUGGAUGAAAUUAAACCUGGGCCAAUUGUAAUAGAACUAUACAAGAAACCCACUGACUUUAAAAGAAAGAAAUUGCAGUUAUUGACCAAGAAACCACUUUAUCUUCAUCUGCAUCAAACUUUGCACAAGGAAUGAUCCUGACAUGAGUAUCCUGGAACUUCUGUGAAUCUCACCACUCCAUAGAAUCCAUCAUUGCUCUGUGUAGCAUAUGCACCCAUCAACAGGCAGGAAGCAACCCGGACCCAGGCCGGCAGGCCAGAGUGAGUCCAUUACAAGCUGUAGCACAGAAUUCAAAGUCCAGCGUCACUGACAUAACAGACUCUUUGGAUACAGGCUUAUUGUAGAUCUUGAAACGUUUUCACUUUCCUAUUAAUUGUGCAAUUAAUAGUCUCUUUUCUAAUUUACCACUACUCCCGCCCAAGUUCCUGAAACAACACUGUUGUGGGUGGGAUGUGCUCAUCUUCAAACGUAAUACAGCAAUAAGAAUGUGCUAGAGUUUACACACCUGUCCACUUCUGCUCCAGUAUGCUCUUUAGCUUUCCGAGUUAAUGUCAGACUUUGGGUUGAUGUGGGGAGAAGAGCAUGAGACUGCUAGAGGAAAUGGGACCAAUUGUGCUGCCCUAGGUCAGUCUGGAAGUUUAUAGGCUGUUCCUUAAGAGACAGCCUCAGUUCACCCCGAUCUCAUGGUUUUCCUGCCUAGAAAUCGUGUGCCUUGGCCAGUCUCCCACAUGGGAGCGUUUGCAGGUUGUAGCUGGAAUUUUUCCAGAUGACCAGAUUGUUCUUCUGAAAGUGAGCAUAUUUUUAGUCACGUUGAUUAGCUUUUUUCCUACGUCACAUUGUUAUUCUUUCUGAUAGUGAUUCUAGGGUUAAUGAAACCAUCUCAGAAUAAUUACAAAUUCUUGGUGGGUUUAUAAUGUCUUCUAAAUCAUGUAAUCUAAAAAUAAUUUGAGUCAGAUGCUAAUGAGAUACUGCAGGAAUAACUGCUGUUUUCUGACAACUGAUUGUGAAACCUUAAAACCUGCAUACCUCUUCUAUAGUGAUGAGUAUGCAAAUCUGGAGAUAUUCUAUUUUUUUUUUUAUAUAGGUAGAUAGGAUUGCCAUUUAUUUCCUAUUUAGAUAUAUUGACAUUCAUCCAUAUGGAAAUAUGCAGGUCAUUAGCUUAUUAUAAUUUGACUAUUUACAUUCUUUUGACUUAAUAAUGGGGCCUAAGUAAAACUUUCAUAGUACAUACACGGUGGAUAUUUGAUACACAGAACAUGAAGAUUUGGGGUGGGCAUUCUGUGGGUUAGAUGUGGAGCCCACAUAUUUAAUAUUCACUAUUUUAAAUGACCAACACUAGAACGAGCAAAAUGCAGUGCCAGUACUUGGCCUAUUUUUAAACCAGUGUAACAAGCCUAGUCAUACCAUUCAGUAUGUUUGCUUUUUAAAAUAAGUAACCAUAAUUCAGUUCCAGCUGUUACACUUCAAGAGACCUCGUCUCCACUUUCAGCUGUCUGUCCAGUCAGUUCUCUUUACUGUGAUGGAUGUAAGAAUUCUCAACAAAAUUGUCUUGCCUCUCAUCUUCAUUAGAUUAAUUCCAAAACCAUUCUACCCACAGUUAUCUUGAGGGGAUGAAGAAUUUGCCUUAAUAAAUUACUUUGUUGUUCAUGCAGCUCUUACAGACUGUGAGUUGUCAGCCCACCCCCACCCCACCCCCACCCAGCGUGUAAGCUCCUCAAGGGGCAAGAACCACAUUUUCUCCAUGUCGUGUACAUUUUCUGAGGUGCUUGGCAGCACUCUGUACCCUGUGGAGUACUCAGUACCUUUUGUUUGAUGUUGCUGACAAGACCUAAAGAUAAUCCCUUAAAAAAUCUACCAUUAAAGUGUAGCAAAACUGA